AUGGUUGUUCCUCUAUCAGAGAACGAAUCUACUCUUGAUCUGUCCAAGGAAUCUCUUGAUAGGCGUGACUGCGAGAAUCUGAUUCAAUUAUGCUUGGAGGUGAAGCAGGAGUGUCAUGUGUGCUACCAGGCCACAGGACUUGCUAAGAGCCCAAACUACCACCGUGUAUCGACUGUUGCUGAGCAGCUCCAUCAGCAUUUAUUUGAGGUGCAUGAGUUACUUAGUGAAACAGAGUUUGUUAACCAGCUGAAGUACAUUUAUUCUUUCGUUGGGAAAUACGACUAUCAAAAUGUUCGAGCAAACGGCUUUCGGACUUUUCUUACCAUCGUAUCUACUUGUCUAAUCAAGAUUCUCACUCUCCUUCGUAAUCUGGACCGUCGUACUUUGUCUGUCUGGCCAAAUGCUAUAAAAGAGUCUCUCGUGGCCUACUUGCGGUGUCUUGAAGAACUUGCUUUCUGUAUUCUCUUACUCUGUGAAUUUCCCAAAUUUUCUGCUCCAUCGGAUACUCUAUUUCCUCAACUACACUAUGCUAAUCUCUUGAUUGCUCAAUUCCCAACCCACGACAACCUUGGUCCUCCAUUCCGCAUCGCAAAACCUGUGAGAGACAUCUCCUGCCUAAAUAUAUCAACUUCGUCGAAUACCACCCCCGCUCGCUACAAUGAUCUCAUCGACUACUUUGAUCUGAUUCAUCAGGAUGUCUUCUACGGUCGAGCAAUAGCAUUUUAUUUGGAUACUUCUGCUCAGAACUUCUUCAAAAUGCUUGGUAGCAUUAUGGCUGGAUUUGCCGAUAGCUAUCAGUGCGCAAUGGAGGGAAUACCUGGCUUUAUGAAUGCUGUUUAUCGCAGCGUUACAUCGUUUCUCUCGCCUGAGGAACGUGGCUGUCGAAUCGCUCAUAUCACUCGUUCGGCAGACGUACAAUUUUGCAAGCGCUUUUGGAAUCUUGCAGAGAAUCGCCUCCUCAUCGAUGUGCCCCGGCUCCUUCUUCCUCAGAUGGCCGUUUCUCACACUUUCAAUCUACCAAACGAGGCUGUGAUCUUAGAAACGGACCCAAGUGAGCAGCGGUCAGAACUAAUUGUUCUAUUUCCUGAAGUUAUAGAUAUCAGUAACAGAUACCUUUCUCAUAAGAUGAUGGUGGGCCUUCUACGAUAA